ACCCCACUCUCACAGCCCUGCCGGCAGCAGAUCUCGUGUUCAGAAGGCAUGUUGGGGUUUUGUCUCCGAGGGGGGAGGAAUAAUGAGUAAUUUUGAGUAUAAAAGAGCUCUCUUUCUUGCGUUCCUGGCUCCUGCCUGUGGCUUCUGCAGCGAGAGGCCCGUUUCUUCCCCUUCCGCCCAUAAACUCCAGCCAACUGGGAGGGUGGCUUGGCUCUCUUCCACCAGAAUUGCCAAGGAAUGUAGCUUAAGAGAGGAGGGGGGGGGAAUUAGUGGGGGGGGGAACACAAACCAACUUCAAGGCGGCGCGAUCCCCAUGGCUACGGCGAAGGGCUAGCAGCUGAUGGGGGGUCCGCGGCCCACCCCUCCAUAACCCCUCAUCUCCGCAGCAGUGUCUCCUGAAACCAUUUUGCACAGACAGCCUCUCCCAGCGAAUCGGCAGAGGUGUGCCCAGAAGCCGCCUUUUCGUGAAGCAAGGACACCGAUGUUGACCCUCCACCGAGCCACCUGGGGGUCGGGGUUGUGCACCACUGCCCGCCAGCAGGGAAGCGUGACGAAAUCGGGUCCUCCCAGACACAGAGUGGCCUUUUGUGUACACACACACACAUUUUUAAAGAAACCGCUGCCAGUGUGACUGGAAAUGCUCACAAUAAAGCUGCCUCAGAUCUUCAGGGUCCACCAAGUACCUCGCAUCUUCUGGGAAGAUGGCAUCAUCUCUGGCUACCGACACCCCAAAAGCUCUGCCUUGGAUUGCGUCCUCAGCUCCUUCCAGAUGAACAAUGAAACGAUCAAUAUUUGGACACAUUUCCUCCCUACCUGGUAUUUCCUCUGGCGUUUCCUGGUGCUGUCCUACAGCCUGGAUUUCUGGGGCGACUCCUACAGCUGGCCCUUCCUGGCCUACAUGUCCCUGGUCUGCCUCUAUCCUUUCACCUCCAGCUGCGCCCACAUGUUCAGCACCAUGUCCACCCACGCCCGGCACAUCUGCUACUUCCUGGAUUACGGGGCCCUCAGCCUGUACAGCCUGGGGUGCGCUUUCACCUAUGGGGCCUACGCCAUGCCUGACUGCUGGGUGAACGGCCCUUUGCACCGCUACUUCGUCCCCACGGCUGCCUUUAAUUCUUUUAUCUGCACCAGCCUCUCCUGUUACUCCCGCUUCCUGGAACUGGAGUGUCCCCGCGUGAGCAAGAUCCUGAGGACUGUGGCUUUCAUGUACCCCUUCCUCUUUGACAACAUACCGCUGUUCUACAGGCUCCUGUUCUGCUUCGGCGACGGCUGUGCCUGGAACGACUCCAUUGCUGGUUACUUCUACCACCUCUUCUUCGCCGCCCUCACCGGCUUCCUUUUUGCGUCCCACCUGCCAGAACGCCUGGCCCCUGGCCGUUUUGAUUUCAUUGGCCACAGCCACCAGCUGUUCCACAUCUGCGCUGUGGUGGGCACCCACUUCCAGCUGGAAGCGGUCUUGUGGGACUUGCGCUCUCGCCGGGCCUGGCUGAGCGCUCAUGCGCCCGUGGCCAUCUUCACGCACACGUUUGCCACCCUGGGCGCCGCCCUGCUGGGGAACCUGGCCCUCCUGGCCACGUUCACGGCCGCCCUCCUCCGCUCCGCCGGCGGCGUCUCCAUCCUGCAGAGCAACGUCCCCGAAGCGGAGCCGCCCAAGGAGAAGUGACCGUCAGCGAGGACGUCUGUGACGUUGGGCACCGAAGAGAGGGGCGAAGCUUCCUUCUCCCCUGGGUUUGGGGGAGUUGGUUUGCUCACCUAGCGGCACCUGUUACCUCAAGUACUGUGUGUGUCUGGAGAAACCGAGGACCCUUGUGAGCGGGUAUCCCGGUGUGAUCUCCCAGACGGGGGACCAUCGCUCAGUGGAAGAGGCUCUGCUUGGCUUGCAGAAGGUCCCGGGUUCAAGCCCUGGCAGCAUCUGCAGGUAGGCCUGGGAAAGAGCUCUGCCUCCCACACCUUGGAGAGCGGCUGCCAGUCAGUGUAGAUGCUACUGAGUGAAACGGACCAAGGUCCUGACUCGUUAGAGUGCCGCUUCGUCUGCACCUAGCGUUCCCUUGAAUCUGAGCACCUUUAACUUGGGUUGGGGGCUAGUCUGAUCACGGGGAGAGGGAGCUUGGAGGAGAAAUGGGGGCGCUCCCAAGAACUCCGUCCCCUUUUGUCCUGGUGUGCAGCUGACACCCGACCCCCUCAAUCCGAAGGGAAAGGGGAGCUCACUAGGACCGCCGGAGCUAGUUCUCUCCAUGGUCCGGCAUUCCCCACUGAGUUGCAGAAAUGCAGAACUGCCUUUCCGCUUCCCCACCUGCUCUGCCUUCAGGGGUUAAAUUCUCCGUGGGGAUCGAGUCUAGCUGAACGACCACACAGUCAGUGGUGGAAGUGGGACACUCCGCAGAUGCUCAGAAGCACUCUUCUAUCUUAUGACUUCUCUUGCGGGGCCGAGCUGUGACGUUAGAAAUAGAAACCGCAGCAGAUUGCUGCACUGAGCAGCGGGGUGGACUAGAUGACCUCCGGGGGUGCCCAACUCUAAAAUCCUAAGAAAGGUGUUUGGGGCCUGGCUUGAAUCAAGCCAAUUGCCCGUCUCCUUCUGGGGCUGUGGAAGGAAGCCCGGAGGCCAGGUUCCCAUCCACGCCUUUCCCAGAAGGUCCAGAAGGAGAAAUCUAUUCUCCCCCUAAAUUGGCAAAAACUCAGCACUGGUUCUGCUCUGAGCCUUCUCCAGUGCUCAUUGAAAAGUCCUCACCCCCCUCGGACAUUUGCCCCACAUCUUCUUGUGGGGUAAUGAAAUGUCAUGCCGCUCGUCAACAUUCCACACCUUUCCGAGGAAAAGGACGAGUAUUUAUUGUGAGGGGAUGGCAGAUAUCCCAGAUACACACGGAAGUGUUCCAUACUGAAAUGGAUCACUUCACACACACACACCCUGAGUCAAUACUUGGUGGAAGCACCGUUGGCAGCGAUCCCAGCUGCGAGUCUCUUGGCGAAGGCCAACGGCUGCUCCCAUCUCGAAAAUUCCACAAAAGAUGUCCCUGGCUUGAAUCAAGCCAAUUGCCCGUCUCCUUCUGGGGCUGUGGAAGGAACCCCCAAGGCCUGGUUGACAUCCAGGCCUUUUCCAGAAGGAUCAGAAGGAGAAAUCUAAUCUCCCCCUUAAUUUGGCAAAAGCGCGGCACUAGGGAAACUCGAAACACCCCAUUGUCCCCCUUGGGUAGCAACUAGGGACCCCAAUGUGGACUGGGUGGUUGGGCAUGAUGGGUGCUACCUACCACCCAACCCACGAAAGAAAUGGGCAAGCAGGUGAUUUCAAACACACUUUUAAGAAGCGAGGAGAUCGCAAGCCAAAUGGAAGGCAAAGCAACCCGGAAGAGAAAAACAGGCCUCCAAGAUGGCCCUCGAAACGUCGAAAUGUUUCGAAUUGAAACGGGGUUGAAUUGCUCCAAACAGGCCCUUUAUUUCAAGGGCAUUUUGUUUCAAACUCGUAAGACCCGAAACGGCUCGUUUCGAGUAGAAAUGUUUCGUUGGACCGUUUUGCACGUCCCUACUUGCCACCGCAGGACAUGCUCUCCUCCCCGUUUGGUCCCUUCCAAACUCUGCUUCUCAUCCCUAGAGAUGUCAAGUGUUGUAUGAGGGCAGUCCAGAGAACCCCCGAGCUGCAACUCUGACCAUGUAACCAAGGCUGACUCGUAGGGAGCCACAAAAAAAUCCCAGGAGACGGUUUCCGGAAGAUUCCACAAAAGAAAGUCCAAAGGAUGUAGUGAUACAGAGAGAGUGGUUGAUGCUAUUUGGGGCGACCUUCAUGAUGAGGUCGGAAGUGAGGAGAAGUGAAAAGGGAACCGGUAUAACAUGGUGGCCCACCUGUGUCUUCCACACAAAACAUUCACUGGCAGAGUAGGAGAUGUGCCGAGCCUGCCUGGGAGACCUGGACACCAAUGUUCCCUCUAACAGGGCUUCCCAGAUGUUGUUCACUACAACUCCCAGCAUCCCCAACUGCAAUGGCCUUUGGCUGGGGAUUGUGGGAGUUGUAGUCAAGUGGGAGUUGUAGUCAACAACAUCUGGGAAUUCCUGUUAGAGGAAACACUCUGGACACACUCCCCAUUGUUGGCUGCUGUGUGCUUGCGGGGAGAACGACCGUGUGCGAGGCAGCAGGGUAGGACAGCUUUUCCUAAUAAAAAAUAACAAAUAGUAAUUAAUGAUUAAUAAAUGAUAAUUUAUAAUAAUAAAUAGUACUGUUUGUACCUGAAUUAAAGAUCAUGCUUCCCCCAGGUUCUUUGAUGUUAGAAAUUGGGGAGUUGACUUAAAUUUAAGGGUUGGUAAUAAUAACAACAACAUUGAAAAAGUUGCAGAAAAUGAAGAUGUAGAAAUAUUAUGGGACUUGCGACUACAAACAGACAAACAUCUGCCACACAAUACACCAGAUAUAACUGUAGUCGAGAAGAAAGAAAAACAAGUCAAAAUAAUCGACAUAGCAAUACCAGGGGACAGCAGAAUAGAAGAAAAAGAAAUAGAAAAAAAAAUAACAAAAUAUAAAGAUCUUCAAAUCAAAAGUAAAAGGUUGUGGCAGAAGAAUACCAAAAUAAUCCCAGUAGUAAUUGGUGCCCUAGCUGCCAUUCCAAAACACCUUGAAGAGCGCCUCAGUACCAUAGGGGUCAGGGAAAUUACCAUCAGUCAAUUACAAAAAGCAACUUUACUGGGAACAGCUUACAUUUUGCAACGAUAUUUAUAAUAACAUCAGCAACAAUAUUGACAAUACAAUUCAGCCAUCCCAGGUCCUUGGGAAGGACUUGAUGUCUGGAUCAAACAAACCAGUCAAUAACAUCUGUCUGACUGUUUGAAUAAAGAAUAAUAAAUAUGAUAAUAAAUAAUAAAUAACUUAA